AACAUAUUUGUCAGGGUAAAAACUGAUGAAUCUGAUGAUUCAAAACAAGAUGACUUUACUUCUAAGUUCAGUGAUGAUGGUGAACUAGAUGGCUCAAAAGAGGAUGUUUCGAACAUGAAGAAAGAAAAGGAAUUUCUUGAAGAUUUUCAACAAAUUGGUUCUGGGUUAGAAAAGAAACCUGAUUUAAAGAUUAUUGAGAACAGCUUUUGCAGAAAUCAGUUUCCUGGUUACGUUAUAGUACAAGAUCCCUCUACAAAAACAAAACCAGGCAAAUCUCAGAAUCAAAACAACAGUGAUGUGAAAGAAUAUUCAAAAGGAAUUAAUAUGAAACCACAUGACACACCCCAUAUAGAUGCUGAUAAACUGUACAGUUGUGGAGCUGUAACAAGUUAUGGACUACAAAUACAUCAGAAAAGAGACAAUGGUGAGAAACCUCACAAUUGUACUGUUUGUGGGAAAGACUUUAAAACAAAGAGUGAGCUAAAUAGACAUCAUAAAACACACAAUGGGUCAAAACCAUACAGUUGCUCAGUAUGUGGCAAAGAAUUUAAACGAAACAGUAACCUUAAAGAACAUGAGAAGAUACAUGGUGGGGAAAAAAAACACAGUUGUGUUGUAUGUGGAAAAAAAUUUCUUUUUAAAAGUUACUUAACAGUUCAUAAGAAAAUACACACUGGAGAAAAACCAUACAGUUGUGUUAUAUGUGGAAAACAGUUUAUAACUAAAAGUCACCUAAGGACUCAUGAGAAGACACAUUCUGUAGAGAAACCAUACAGAUGUGUUGUAUGUGGAAAACAUUUUGCCAGUAAUAGGUACCUAAAGAGUCAUGAGAAGAUACACACUGGGGAGAAACCUUACAGUUGUGAUGUAUGUGGAAAACGUUUUGUCAGUAAUAGCUAUCUAAAGAUGCAUGAGAAGAUACACACUGAGGAGGAACGAUACAGUUGUGAUGUAUGUGGAAAACAUUUUGUCAGUAAUAGAUACUUGAAGAGUCAUGUGAAGAUACACACAGGGGAAAAACCAUACAGUUGUGUUGUAUGUGGAAAACAGUUUAUAACUAAAAGUCACCAAAAGACUCAUGAGAAGUCACACUCAGUGGAGAAGCCAUACAAAUGUAGUUGUUUGUGGAAAAGGUUUGUAUGUAACAAGUACCUUAAGAGUCAUGAGAAAAGACACUCUGUGGAGAAACCAUACAGUUGUGUUGUAUGUGGAAAAUGUUUUGUUAGUAAUAGGUAUCUAAAGAUGCAUGAAAAGACGCACACUGGGGAGAAACCAUACAGUUGCAUUGUAUGUGGAAAAUGUUUCAUUAGUAAUAGGUACCUAAAGAUGCAUGAAAAGACACACACUGGGGAGAAACCAUACAGUUGUGAUGUAUGUGGUAAAAGGUUUGUACGUAAUAGCCAACUAAAGACGCAUGAGGAGAGAAGAUGCACAUUGGGGAGAAACUGUACAGCUGUGUAGUGUUUGGAAAACAGUUUAGAAGAAACAUUGAUCUAAAAAAUACAUAUUGGAGAGACAUAAUAGAGUUGUGGAAUCUAUGGCAAAAACUUGGUAAAAGACAGUGACCUAAAAAUACAUUGAAGAAUAGUUACUGAGAAAGAAAAAUACAAUUGUUGAACCUUUCAGAAAAAAAACUAAAUAAAUAUUGAUCAAAAGUUGCAUGAGGGAUAAUACAUUGGAAAGAAACUAUACUAUUGUGUAGUAUGUGAAAAACAAUUCGUAAGUAGAAGUUUCAUUAAAAUCAGACUGGGAAGAAUCUUUAGAUCUGUGCAUUAUGUGUAGAGCUGAGUAGUUAGUGUAAUUUGAUAAUUUACUAAUCACCAUGGUGAUAACUCAGUUAUUCUCUAAAGAUUGAUUUUAAUAUUUUCUGCUUGUUUUGGAUUUUUAAGACUUUGGGUAAAAUAUUAUAGGAUUACUUUUUCUGUUCUUAAUUGUUGUACAUGAAAAUUUAUCACAUACACAAAAAAUAGUAUGAAACCUAUAACAAGCUAAGUUAUUACAUUUCUUUUUUUUUUUCUUCUACAGAUUUCCACAAGACCACUAAAACUACUGAAUCUUUGUUGAUGAAAAUAAACAUUGCUUUCUGGCAUUUUCAAACGAUUUUUUAUAUAAAGAUUAUACAAUACCCUAAAAACAUCUCAGAAAUAAAAACAUUUUAAAGAACUACUAGUUUUGGACACAGGUCUUCCUUAGGUGUCAGUUACCAUAAUUUUCAAGUUAUAAA